UGUUGAUGGGCGGAGCAUGAUGGUGGGGGCUCCCGCUUUAUCGCGCAUUUGCUGGUGUCCUGUAGAUCUGCUGUAGAUAAGCAAAUAAAAAUAUUUUGGCCUGGAAGUAGUCAACAUCAAUCAAGACGUUGGAACAUAUUACGAAAUUCUUGAGUGACCAAAGCGUCGAUUUUUAAUAAGUGCUGAAACUUUGUACUGGCUCUUUUCUUAAAUUUUUUUGCGGAAUAUUUGUCUGUAAGCAGAAUAUUCUUGUAAAACGAAGCUUAUCAGGAAUUGAUACUUUAAACUUUCUUCUGACAUGCAAUAUGGACUUCUGGCUUUAUCUUCAAAAUGAAGUGGUAUCAGAUGUACUUGGAUUUCUGACAUUUACUCUUUCAAGGGAUUUCAGUUAAAUUCACGUUGCUGCAGAUGCCUAAAAUAAUUGAAAUGAGAGAUUUGUGGCGGUUAGUUCUACAUGCGAACUAUCUAAUACUCAUAAUUUAUAAGAAUUUUGGCUGAAAUGUUGCUGCCUGUUAAAGUACCUAAAUCAUGUGCCUUAAGUUUAAUUUGAGAAAUUGAGUACAAACCUGUUUUUCCAUAUACAUCGAAUAAAACUUAUUUCUUCGUAAUUUUACCGUGAAUGUACAGUAGCUGAAUUUUUCCUAAGAAGCUUAUUAUUCAUGUGAACCUACUGCCACUGAGCAAGAUAAGAAUGUUUUAUGUGAUUUGUGAAAAGUGCUAAGGAAUAUACAAAAUAAAUCCACAAUGGAAGAAGUACCUUUGAGAAUAAAUUCUGAUGAACGUGACUUUGAAAUGGAUGAAUGUGACUUCCUUCUUCAACCAGAUCAUGAUGUUACCAUUUCAUCAACAAGAUACCGCUCGACAAAGCAGUGGCCUCUCUGUACAUGUGCUUCAUUCUGUGGUGAGCAAUGUCCUCUUUCUGUCGUGAUAGCUGUCAGCAUGGAUGCUACCAAAAUAAGUGUUGUCGACGCAUCAUCGACGACGCAACUGGUGAAAGAAGAUAUUCCCCUUAUACCGAAGAAUUCAGAUGAUUCUUGCAUGAGGUGCUGUCAUUGGUUUUGGAGAAGAUGCUGCCGACCUCGAGAGCUGAGAAGUCGCACCAUUGUAGUUGGAAACCCAAGUACAGAGAAGUUUCCUGCCAAUGUAAUACGUAACCAAAAGUAUAACUUUGUGACAUUUUUGCCAUUGGUUCUAUUUCAACAAUUCAAAUUCUUCUUGAAUUUGUAUUUUCUCAUAAUGGCAACCAGUCAGUUUAUUCCUGAUAUUCGAAUUGGUUAUUUGUACACAUACUGGGGUCCUUUGACGUUCGUUCUGACAGUAACCAUUUGUCGAGAAGCGGUCGAUGAUUUUAGACGCCAUCAGAGAGAUAAGGAAGUGAACAGUCAGAAAUACAGGCGACUUACAAAAUGCAGGGACGAAUUUGUUCCUUCAUCAAAACUGCGUGUUGGUGAUAUGGUAAUUGUGGAGAAGGAUCAGAGAGUGCCUGCCGAUUUGGUUCUGCUUCGAACUACAGAACGAUCUGGAGCUUGUUUUGUUCGAACUGACCAGUUGGAUGGUGAAACAGAUUGGAAACUACGCCUUGCAGUACCUGCAACUCAAAAACUUGAUUCUGAUAAUCAGCUCUUUGACAUUAAAGCAACCCUUUUUGUGGAAAAACCUCAAAGAGAUAUCCACAGUUUCAUUGGAACAUUCACUCGACAUGAUGGUCAUGGAAGUGAAGAUGCUUUGGAUGUUGAAAACACUUUGUGGGCAAAUUGUGUGGUUGCGUCAGGCUCAGCUUUGGGAGUAGUGGUGUAUACAGGGUCUGAAACGCGCAGCGUGAUGAACAAUUCACAGCCCCGAAGUAAAGUUGGACUUCUUGAUAUGGAAAUCAACCAACUGACUAAGGUUCUGUUUGGAGCUGUAAUUGGUCUAGCAUUGGUUAUGAUGUGCUUGAAAGGAUUUGGUGGACCAUGGUAUCGAUACAUGUUCAGGUUUAUUCUUCUCUUCUCAUACAUUAUUCCUAUCAGCUUACGAGUAAAUUUGGACAUGGGGAAAGCCUUUUAUUCAUGGUCAAUACAGCGAGACAAAGAGAUUCCAGGGACCGUGGUUCGAUCUACAACAAUUCCAGAGGAGCUUGGUCGAAUAUCAUAUUUACUGAGUGACAAGACUGGAACCCUUACUCAGAAUGAAAUGGUAUUCAAAAAGUUGCAUUUAGGCACAGUUUCGUACGGAACAGAAACAUUUGAUGAGGUUUCUUCAAAUUUGAAGGCUGCGUAUUCCCAACCUCUUCCUUCUGUGAAGAGUGUUGAGGCUGGGGGAGGCAGCAAAUCCGCCUCUCCUUUAGGUCCCUCAGGCCUGGCAAGUGGUAGCGCCAAAGUUCGAAGGUCAGAAGUCACACGUGUGCAAGAGGCUGUGAAAGCCGUUGCUUUGUGCCACAAUGUCACCCCUGUCUAUGAAGAAGAUUCGCAUGCACCUGGAAUAGUGAACACUGACCUGGAUAGUCCUAGUUCUAUUGAGAGUCAGACAGAAGCCGACCAGCAUUACAGCCAGCAUAAGCAGAAGAAUUGUCUGUAUCAAGCAUCAAGUCCUGAUGAGGUUGCCUUGGUGAAAUGGACUGAGCAAGUGGGAUUGGCCCUUGUGCGAAGGGAUCUUGUUAGUAUGCAAUUGCGUACACCAAGUGGCCAGCUUUUAACAUAUUCUAUUCUCCAGAUAUUUCCAUUUACUUCUGAGACCAAGCGAAUGGGCAUUAUUGUGAAGGAAAAUCAUAGUGGAGAAAUAACUUUCUAUUUGAAAGGAGCAGAUGUCGUUAUGUCUGGAAUUGUGCAGUAUAAUGAUUGGUUGGAAGAAGAAUGUGGAAAUAUGGCAAGAGAGGGCUUGAGAACAUUGGUUGUUGCUAAAAAGGCCCUAAGUGAAGAACAGUACUUAGAUUUUGAGGCUCGUUACAAUGCUGCUCGAAUGAGUGUGUCAGAUCGUGUUGCUAGAGUUGCUGCAGUAAUUGAAAGCCUUGAGAGGGAAAUGGAACUGCUUUGUGUGACUGGAGUGGAAGAUCGCCUUCAGGAUCGUGUGAGACCAACCUUAGAACUCUUGCGGAAUGCUGGUAUAAAAAUUUGGAUGUUGACUGGAGACAAACUGGAAACUGCUACGUGCAUAGCCAAAAGUUCCCGUUUAGUGUCUCGUACUCAAGGACUGCAUAUUUUCAAAUCAGUUGUGACUAGGACAGAUGCCCACUUGGAAUUGAAUACUUUUCGAAAGAAACAGGACUGUGCUCUUGUGAUCAGUGGCGACUCUUUGGAGGUGUGUUUACAAUAUUAUCAGCAUGAAUUCUUGGAACUUGCAUGUAGUUGCCCUGCAGUUGUGUGUUGCCGUUGUUCUCCCACCCAAAAAGCUGAAGUAGUUCGUCUCAUUCAGAGACAUACAGGAAAGAGGACAGCUGCUGUUGGAAUUGGAAUUGCUGGCCGGGAGGGUCUGCAGGCAUCUCUAGCUGCAGAUUUUUCAAUUUCCCAGUUCAGUCACUUGGCACGAUUGCUCUUGGUUCAUGGUCGGCACAGCUACAAACGAUCUGCAUCUCUAAGUCAAUUCGUUAUUCAUCGUGGUCUUAUAAUCUCCACAAUGCAGGCUGUGUUUUCUUCAGUCUUCUACUUUUCUUCUGUGCCACUGUACCAAGGUUUCUUGAUGGUUGGAUAUGCGACUCUCUACACAAUGUUCCCUGUUUUCUCAUUGGUUUUGGAUAAAGAUGUAUCUGGGAAAAUUGCCCUUACAUAUCCAGAAUUAUACAAAGAGCUUAGUAAGGGAAGAUCUUUAUCAUUCAAAACUUUUUUUAUGUGGGUUCUCAUCAGCAUUUACCAAGGUGGUGUCAUCAUGUAUGGUGCCUUGGUUCUUUUUGAAGAUGAAUUUAUCCACAUUGUGGCCAUAAGUUUCACUGCAUUAAUUCUUACCGAACUUAUAAUGGUUGCCUUAACAGUUCGCACAUGGCAUUACAUCAUGGUCCUUGCUGAAUUGUUGAGUCUUGGCCUAUACAUUCUUUCACUUGUUGUGUUGAAAGAUUCUUUUGGAGUUGUGAGUAACCAUUACAACCAAUUUGCUGAAAAAUACUACCAAAGACUAGAGAGAUAG